AAUUAAUCCGAAGCCCCCUCGCUGUUUCGGACUUGGUGUCGUCCUAUUCCUAGUUGCAGUCCCAGGUCGAAGUGAAAGUGGAAGGACUAACUUGUACGCGCAAAGGUUUUUGUUUUAUUUUACAUAUUUUCUAUUCUGCCACCCCACCAAACCAAAUAUAAAGUUUAUUAUUAUUAUUGAUUUCCUUCAAGACAUAGAAUAGAAUCUCGAGUUUUAUUUAGGAUUGGAAGAUGAGGCGAGGCUUUGAUUGAUUGCGUGUGUGCGAAGUUGUUGGAUUAAGGAAUGGGUUGUUUUUCUUGUUUCGAUUCGAGGGAGGAUGAGAAGCUGAAUCCCAAUCCUCAGCAGGAAACGAAUCAUCAUGACCAUGAGCUUAAGCCCCCUGUCCCCUCUCGUAUUUCCAGAUUGCCCUCUGCCUCUGGAGCAGAGAAGCUAAGGUCAACAAGUAAUGGAGACUCGAAUGGGGAAUUGGCUGCUCUCAAGGACGGACCCGCUGUUCAAAUUGCCGCUCAAACGUUUACUUUCCGUGAGCUUGCAGCCGCAACCAAGAACUUUAGGCCCCAGUCCUUUUUGGGGGAAGGUGGUUUCGGAAGGGUCUACAAGGGCCGUCUCGAAACCACGGGUCAGGUUGUGGCUGUAAAACAAUUAGACAGAAAUGGUCUUCAGGGUAAUCGGGAAUUCCUUGUGGAGGUUCUCAUGCUCAGUCUUCUACACCACCCUAAUCUUGUGAAUCUAAUUGGAUACUGUGCAGAUGGGGACCAACGCCUCUUAGUUUAUGAAUUCAUGCCAAUGGGGUCAUUGGAAGACCAUCUUCAUGAUCUUCCCCCGGAUAAGGAGCCAUUAGAUUGGAACACCAGGAUGAAAAUAGCUGCUGGGGCAGCAAAAGGAUUAGAAUACCUUCAUGACAAAGCAAAUCCUCCUGUCAUUUAUAGAGACUUCAAAUCAUCUAAUAUAUUACUUGACGAAGGUUAUCAUCCAAAACUUUCAGACUUCGGUCUUGCAAAGCUCGGUCCAGUUGGUGACAAAUCACAUGUUUCCACCCGUGUCAUGGGAACUUAUGGUUACUGUGCCCCAGAAUAUGCUAUGACCGGACAGCUGACUGUGAAGUCUGAUGUAUAUAGUUUUGGGGUAGUCUUCUUGGAGCUAAUUACUGGGCGUAAAGCCAUUGACAGCACCCGACCCCAUGGAGAACAAAACCUGGUCACAUGGGCACGUCCACUGUUCAACGACCGCAGGAAGUUUCCAAAGUUAGCAGAUCCACAGCUGCAGGGGCGGUAUCCCAUGCGGGGUCUUUACCAAGCUCUAGCUGUGGCAUCAAUGUGCAUUCAAGAGCAGGCGGCAGCGCGUCCUCUCAUUGGGGAUGUGGUGACAGCCCUUUCUUUUCUAGCAAACCAGGCAUUUGACCAUAGGGGAGCUGGUGAAGAUAAAAGGAACAGAGAUGAUAAAGGAGGAAGAAUAUUGAAAAAUGAUGAAGGUGGAGGAUCUGGACGCAGAUGGGAUUUGGAAGGAUCUGAGAAAGAUGAGUCCCCUCGUGAAACUGCAAGGAUGUUAAACAACAUGCAUCUUGAUAGAGAACGUGCGGUGGCUGAAGCCAAGAUGUGGGGAGAGAACUGGAGGGAGAAAAGACGACAAAGUGCGCAGGGCAGUUUUGAUGGUUCUAACGCCUAGUCUCCAUUGUACAAUUCCUUCCCAUCACAUUACCGUCUUCAGCUCAGCUGCGCUCAUGCAGAUGCAAUGCGAGUCUGAAAUGCCCUUUUUGGCCAUUCACCAGGUUCUACUUUGUUUAGAAUCUGUCUUGCGCCGCAACCAAACAUAAUGAACCGGGUACCAAAAUCACCCCCGUUUAUUCACCAAGUUUUCUUUUAUGUACUUUCAUUUACCUCGUGCACACGAGCAUAUUGGUGUUGGAGAGUGUACAUUAUUUGCUAGAACUAGGAGGUCAAAGUUAUGAGUUGAGGACCGACGCUUUUUGAAAAUGCUGCAGGCCAAAAUGCUUGUUCCUACUCGCCUGGGUUUUUUGAGCUAAAAUGUGAGAAUGAAUCCAAGAUUGUAACGUCUUCUUGCUAAUCUCAGCCAAAAAGCAAUAAGUUUCUUCGCUCUCAUAUUUAGUUCAUUAAACUUACUUUACUGCCGAUAAAAUAAAAUACUCUUCUUUCUCA